AUGCUCCUACAACCCUCUAUGAUGCCCCGUGCUCCCGCACUGUGGGAACGGCAAGGGCCCGGCGGCGGGGCGGGCGCGACCACCACCACCCAGGACGCCUUUGAUAGCUUCACCUCUGACCUCUUCGGCGGCGCUGACAACACCGAUUCCAUCGUCUCCACCGCGUCGGGAAGAACCACAACUACCAGGGUCGCGCCCACUACCACUGCCACUACUCGUCGAACCACUGCUACCACAUCUACCUCAAAUGGCCUGCCUACACCAACAGCUGCUGCACCCACCACCACUUCCACUACUACCUCUUCCACGACUUCGAGCACGCCCACCUCGACUUCCACCUCUUCCACUUCCUCCAUCAUCAUCACCACCUCCUCGCCCACCACACUUGUCUCCACGUCCCUCUCUGUCUCGGGUACGAGCACCUCUCAAGUCGUCGUCACCACCGUUGUUACCCCCGUGGUCACCACCACUUCCUCUCCCAAUCGAGCCGACGCCAAUCGCUCCAGCUCCAAUGGCGGUCUCAUUGGCGGGAUUGUAGGUGGCGUCGUAGGCGGUCUUUUGCUGCUCGCCCUCUUGAUCGCCCUCUGCGUCUUUGCCAAGAGACGCAAUUCGCGUAAGGGCGGCGCCGGCGAUUACAGUCACAGCGAUGGUGCCUGGCCUAGCUUCUCUCCCCAGAAUGACCACGUCGGUGCUUCACAUACCGCUGCUGGUGUUGGAGGCGCGGCUGCUGGCAUGGGUGCUUUGGCUGGUGCUGCGGCUGCCGACUCUCGCAGGAGCCGCAAGCGUCGCGACCAGACCAGUGCGACCCUUCCUGCCCAGUUCGCCAACGACGAUGACCCGGAGAGGUACGGCUAUAACGGCUCGUCCCAAGCUCACGGCACAGCUUACAACAACACAGCCGCCAACAACUACCAGGACUACGACGCUUACAAUGGCUAUGCUGGCAACGGCUACCCCGACAUGCAGGAGCGUCCUGCGCGCAACGGUGCUACUGCUCUCGCUGCUGGUGCUGCGGCUGGUGGUGCCACUUCGUAUCUCUAUAACAACACCAGUCCAGGCAGGGAAACCAACCGACGCUCUUCCCAUGGCCACGGGUCGUACAACACCUCGAACGAUGGCUACAAUACUGCGCAGAUGUCGCCCAACACCAUGUCGAGCGAGCUGGCGCCUGCUCCCUGGACGCUGCCCAUGAUGGGCUGGCAAGACACCCACGGUCCUUACUCGGUCGCUGGAGUUGGUCAGAACCUUGCUGGCAUGGGCGCCGGUGCGGGUCCUCAGGCUCAAUUCAUGGUCUCGCCUUCGGAAGCCAACGUUGCUGCGGCGGCUCGUGCUGCUCGUGCUGCACCCGCCCAGACCCGCUCGCCCGGUCCGGACUACAGCCACUUUGACCCUCCCGAGGUGCGCGAUGCGCGUGCACGCGAAGCAGCCGGUGCCGCCCUCCGCGGCAAUACUUCGAGAAGUCGCCAGAACUCGUACAAUGCUACCUCGCCGAGGAGGCAGAGCAGGAGGCCGUCGAGCAACCUCGGCAGCCCUGUGGCGGAGAAUGGCGCAUACAACGCCAACGCCCCUCCUGCGUAUGUCGAUGCACAAGACGCGCUCGAGGAGAUGGACGAGCAGCCCAGGAGAUUGCAUCUGACCAAUGCUGAGCCAGAUGUUAGCGAUGAGAGCAGCAGGGGUGGGCCGAGCAGGAGGCCGGCGCAUAACCAUAAGGAUGCUCCGCCUGCCGCGACGUAUAGGCAGAACUAA